UCGAGACUGACCCAUCUCGUGGUACUCUGUGUCCAACAGAAAGAGAAGCAUAUUGCCGUGAAAUAACACUUCAACUCCGUGCAACAACCGAAAUGCAAAACACGUAUCAACAGCCUUCAGAGGGUUCUCAAGCAUGGCGACGGACGUCCUCCAUAAGCUCGGAAGACAUGAAGUCGGCCCUAGAAGCAUUCGCAACCGCCGGUAACAAAGCUCUCAAUACAAGCUCGUUUGGGGCAGGACCCGACGACUAUCUUCGGAAAGCUGCCGAGCGCAGGACAAGUAUUCCCAGCGGCUACAAACAAGACGCAAUUACAAGGGAGAUGAUGGCAAAAGCGUGGGCUGCGAAACCAUAUCCCGGCAUGGGAGGGCAAGGAACCGGUAGUCAGGGUAGCUUCAGUAAAAAGGAGACAUGAAAUUGCAAUGUUGUCAGUAUAUCAAUAUUUAUUAGUCUGAUAUGGAGCUCUGUCGUCUGUUGGGUGAGGAUUAUUUGAAGGCAACGCCUAUUCAGCAGUCCGAUUUCGCUAUUCAGCACCCGUAUCGCAAGUCAUACUGAACACAAGACGAGUACAGUUAUAGUAGUAAAUAAUAAUAAAAAUAUAACUACCUAUAGUAGCAGAUACUAGAGGAAUAUACUAG